UGUAGCCAAUGCGUUUUGGCACAGACGCGUUCCAAGUUCUUGCUAGCGGGUCCAUCUGUUUCGCAGCUUUUUGGGGUUGUGGUUGUGGGGACUGGGAGCUCCCUUAUCAUAAAUAUAUCACAAACAGUGUGAUGCCUGCUCCGCUUUCAGCAUCAAACAUGGAGGGUCAGGUAAGGGCAGGUAUCAAGGCCCUGAUGCUCUGCAAAAAGAAAAUGAAAAAGGAGACACUUCUGGACCAUGAUGAUAUGAAGGUCAUGCUUCAAAUAGCUGCUGUCAAGGUAGCUCCUGGAGGUAUCAAGCAAACAAUUAAAAUACCGCUGCCGGCGCCGUUCGCCGAGGCGGCCGACGCGUGCCUGUUCGUGAAGGACCUGAAGCGUGGCAUCCGCGUCGACCAUGAGAAGUCGCUGCGCCACUGGCGCGCCGUGCUGGAGGAGGCGGGCGUCACCCGCGUCUCAGAGGUGAUGCCGCUGCGGCAGCUGAAGGCCGAGUACUCAAUGUAUGAGGCGAAGCGGAAGCUGUGCAACUCGUACGACAUCUUCCUCACCGACGUCUGCAUCGCUCACCUGUUGCCCACGCUGCUCGGCAAACACUUCAUCAUGAAGAAAAAGCAGCCAGUGACGGUGAAGAUGGACGCCAAGAACCUGGCCGAUGAGAUCGACCAGGCCCUGAACUCCACCUACCUGCACCUGUACAACAGCGGCGACUCCAGCGCCGUGCAGGUGGGCCGCUGCGGCCAGACGGAGGAGCAGCUCUUCCAGAACGUGAUGGCCGCGGUGGAGACGCUGAAACAGAAGUUCCCCGGCGGCCUGAAGAACGUCCGCUGCCUGCACCUCAAGCUGGACAAGUCGGUGGCCCUGCCCAUCUUCGUCAGCACUGUGUCGGCGAACGCGGUCCCGGUGCCGGCGGCGCGCCGUCAGCCGGGUAGCGGCCGGAGCCCGGUGGUCGGCGAGCUGAGCACCGUCCGCGCUCAGUCUGACGUCAUCGUCAACCGCUUCGGCGACGUCGAGGUGGUCCAGAGGCGGCCUCUCAGCGACGAUGAGGAGCUGACAGACGAGGAGGAGGAAAACUCCACCGGCCGCCGCAGCCGCAAGCGAGCUAAGAAACAGCCACCGCCGGCCAAGAAGUCCCCGGCGCCGGCGGAGGCGGUGGCGCCGGCGGCCGAGCCUGACUCGUCGGACGAGGAGGAUCUGGAGCUGGCGGCGCGGGAGCGACAGUUCCUCGAUCAACUGGCCUCCGAGAAGGCGGGCGCCGCGCCCGGCCCGGCCGCGCUCCAGGGCGAGGCCGGCGGGAGGCCUGGCGGUGGUCAGAAGAGCCGCGCCGGCCACGCCAAGAAGGCGUCAGGCGUUAUGGCAAAGCAGGGCCAGGUGACCGCCGACGCAAGGCGCGGGUUGCGCGAGAAAGGUGCGCGUGCACAGAAGACCGGUCCGGUCACAGCGAGAGCCCAGCGCGGCGGACAUGCGAAGAAAGGAAAGUCUUUGACGCCAGUCAAGAACGAGAAAGUCUCUCCUGCCAAAAUGUAUUCAAAGAAAAAGAUCAAGGGCAUAGGAAAGAUGAAAAAAGUAAAGUGACGUUGGAAAUGGUGUAAAGGAAAUGACCGCAAGCAGGCCUAAGCGCCCUGCGAGAAGCUGUACAGAGGACGUGUUGGGGCCGGCUUUUUUUGGUGACAAUACACAUCUCAUCGCCAGAGAA